CCAAUGGCGGGUCGGCUCCUCAAAGUCUCCUCUCUGGCCACAGCAGUGUUUGCCUCCUCAGGCUUCUACCUCUACAGCAGGCAGCUGGACCUCAGUGACCUCAGCGUGAUCCGCUUCGGACGAGCUGCAGCCACCACAGCGGUGAUCAGCUACGACUAUCUGACGGCCUUCAAACAUGUGGACUACGGUACAGAGGAGUACUGGGCCCUCAAGUCCAAGGUGCAUCGGCGAUCAGCAGAGCGUCUUCGAGACUUGUGUUGUGCCAACAGGGGCACCUUCAUCAAAGUGGGGCAACACCUCGGUGCUUUGGACUAUCUGCUGCCCGAGGAGUAUACCUCCACCCUGAAGGUGCUCCACAGCAGAGCUCCUGAGAGCACCAUGGAGGAGAUUCAGCAGGUCAUCAGAGAGGAUCUCGGAAAGGAGCUUUCGGAGUUGUUUGUUUCAUUUGAGGAAAAGCCUCAGGGUGCAGCGUCUUUAGCGCAGGUCCACAAAGCAGUCCUGCAUGAUGGCAGAACCGUAGCCAUCAAGGUCCAGCACCCAAAAGUUCAGCGACAAAGCUCCAAGGAUAUAAUGGUGAUUGAGGUGUUGUUGAAGGCAGUCCAUUGGCUCUUCCCAGACUUUGCCUUCAUGUGGUUGGUAGAGGAAGCCAAGAAAAACAUGCCACUGGAGCUGGACUUCCUUAACGAGGGACACAAUGCAGAAAAGGUGGCUAAAAUGCUGUCCCACUUCCCUUUUCUCAAGGUUCCCAUGAUUUACUGGGAUCUCUCCACAAAAAGAAUUCUGACCAUGGAGUUUUUAGAGGGAGGGCAAGUCAAUGACAGAGAAUACAUGAAGAAACACAACAUCAAUGUCAAUGAGAUCUCGGAAAACUUGGGUAAAAUGUACAGUGAAAUGAUUUUCGUCCAUGGCUUCGUCCACUGUGACCCCCACCCGGGCAACGUUUUGGUCCGAAAGUGUCCCCGGAGCCAGAAGACGGAGAUCGUUCUACUCGAUCACGGCCUGUAUCAGGUCUUACAGCCAGAUUUCAGGAUGGACUACUGUCGACUGUGGAUGUCCCUCAUCAAAGGCGAUAUGUCUGGAGUGGAGCGUUACAGCCGCAGACUGGGAGCAGGAGAUCUUUACCCCCUCUUUGCUUGUGUGCUUACUGCUCGAUCCUGGAAUGCUGUAAACACUGGAAUCAGUUCUGUUCCCGUAACGCAUGCAGAGGACGUCGAGAUACGGACCAACGCCGCUCUCUACCUGCCUCAAAUCAGUGACCUGUUGAACCGAGUUCCCAGACAGAUGCUGUUGCUGCUGAAGACCAACGACCUUCUGAGGGGCAUCGAGACCACAUUACAAACCAGAGCCUCAUCCUCGUCCUUUAUCAACAUGUCCCGCUGCUGCAUACGUGCCGUUGCCAGGCACAAAAGGAGCAAGGCCCAGUCAAGGAGGAGGUGUCUGCAGAUCACGCUGGCCGAGUCUGUGAGUCUGUGGAAACUCUCAGUGUAUGAACUUCUUCUGUGGGUCAGAGGAUCUUUGAUGGCUCGCUGGCUUUCAGCUCUGCUGGCGUUUCUGCACUGAGACACAUCUGGAACAGGGACAUCAUUAUUGUCUUCAGGCCAGGACACUCACACAGUCUGGUUUAAAUGCUCCACUUGACAAACUUAAUCAACAACUUUUCAUACUGAAGUAACAUAAUUGUACUUUUCAUCUUUAAGACCCCACAAUGUUCGGAAGUAUGUAAGAUUGAAGUGUUAUUUAUUUAUGAUGUAGGUCUCAUCUGAGAUAUCACAGUUUCCAAAACAAAGCGGCUGUAAGAGCCCCUUUCAUCGUUUAUCAAGCAGUUAAAUCCAUAAAUGACAAAAUGAAAAAAUGUCUUAACCUAAAUAUUAAACAGGCCGCUGGGGGAAAAAAAAUGUUUUGGAAGGAGAGCCAUCAGUCCCAGAUCUCAUUGAGGUGUGGAAAACAGUUGGCUGCUGCCCUGAUGUUAAGAGUUUUGCCUAAUAUACGUAUAUGUGUAGUUUUACUCUUAGGGGUUUGCAGCUUGCAUGUGAUCUGCUCCAUUCCAGCUUCUCAACAAAAUACCUCAAAACAUCCGUCACAUCAUACUUUUUCCACCUGACUUCGAUCGACGGAUCAUGUUUACUGUUUAUUUUAGGUUAAACCCCAUUCCUUCAUUCAUAAAGCAUGAAUUGUAUUUCAUCUGUUAUUGUUAACUGUUCCAAUCUAAUCCAACUGCAUCAUGGGAUUGUUAGCUCAUCAGAGUUGGAAUGACUGGGAAAGCUGUGAACAUUAUGCAGAUAGUAGCAUUUUCAUUUCUGGAGUGGCUUUUCUUGCCCUCAUCAUAAAAAGUUUUUACUGCUUCAUAAAAGAACAUUUAAAGCUGCAGUUUAGUGUUUUCCAAAGAUUUUGGAAACCUCACUAU